CCCGAGCAGGCCGGAGGGGCGCCCCGUCUGCUCCAGGACCCCCCAGGCCAGGGGCUGCUGCCGGGCUGGAGGCCGUUCCGCUCGUCAUCGGCGUCCUGCAGGCGGCCCGGCAGCGACCCCAGAGAGGUCGGUACCGGCAGCUGCGCUGGAGCUGUUGGCGAGGAGGAGGAUGAAGACGAAGGUGUGGAGUUCGGCACACUGUCGGAUAAAUUUUCUUCUAGAAAAUAUUACAACAAAACCACAUCACGCUUUCAGAAUUUAAAGCUUCAAGAAGAGAAAGAGGAAGAACCAGAAAGAAAAGCUCGACGCGGACCUAAGAACACCCCGUACUGGUACUUCUUAAAAUGCAAGGCCCUCAUCAAGGAUGACAAGUUGGCAGAGGCUCUGGAGCUGUUUGAGGUGCAGAUGCUGAAGGAAGAGCGUGUGUGGCCAGAAGAAAGCAAUUACACUGUUCUAAUUGGCGGCUGCGGCCGGGUUGGCUACGUGAAAAAGGCAUUCAGGCUCUACAAUGAUAUGAAGAAACGAGGCUUAACUCCCACUGAGGCCACUUACACAGCCCUGUUCAAUGCCUGUGCAGAAUCACCGUGGAAAGACUCGGGCUUGCAGAGCGCUCUCAGAUUACGGCAGCAGCUAAAGAGCAAGAAUGAGGACCUGAACCUGAUCACCUACCACGCACUGCUGAAGGUCUGUGCCCUGUGCUCAGAUCUCAGGAUGUGCUUCGAUGUAUUGAAGGAAAUUGUGCACAAGGGUCAUGUUCUCACAGCCGAGACCUUCAGCUUCCUUCUCAUGAGCUGCAUAAAGGACAGUGAAAAUGGCUUCCGACACGCCUUACAGGUCUGGAAACAAAUGACCAAACUUGGAAUAAAGGCGGACAGCCACAUUUACAAUUUGAUGCUGCGUGCUGCGAGAGACUGUGGAAUCGGUGAUCCAGUCGUGGCUUCUGAACUCCUGCUCAAACCUACCGAUGAGAACUCAUCUCAGCUAAGGCUGGCACCAGGGAGGCAGAAGGUGAAAAAGCAGAAGGGAUCAGAGAGCACAGCUGCUGUCCAGCUGGAUGUGGAAGCUAUGGAAAAGCAAUUAUUUGGGGAGCAUUCAGUGCAGCCUGAAGAACUGAUCCAGCAACAAAAUAAAGCUGUGAAUUGGGUUGAAACAGAACCAGCUACUCUUGACAGCCCUGGUGUAACUCACAGCAGGAUCAGUGCAUUGAUGAGGAGAGACCAGGAGGAGAUGGAGCCCAAAGAAGCUCACCUAAGCCAGAAGCAGCACUUCUGCAACCUGCCCAACUUGCUGGAUUCCAGGAUGCCCAAUGCAGCUGUGGUUUCCUUUGGGACUGUAACCUCAGUGUCUGAUCGACUGGCUUUAAUGGGGGAUGUGGAGGGCUUCUUGAAUAAAAUGAAAGAGGACAAUGCAGAACCCAACAUUAAAACAUUUACGUUACUUGCUGAGCUGGUGGAACCCCAAAGCCCCUCGGAGUCCUCUUUGCUGGCACUCCUAGAUGAACAUAAAGUGAAAGUAGAUGUGACAUUCUUUAACACUUUAAUAAGGAAGAGAAGUAAACGGGGAGACCUAGAAGGAGCAAAGAAUGUGCUGCCUGCUCUAGUGAAGCGGGGACUGUCACCCAACCUCCAGACCUUUUGUAACUUGGCGAUCGCUUGCCACCGAGAGAAGGAUGGAAUGCAGUUACUAUCAGAUUUGAAGAGGUCUGGAAUAACUCCCAACAAGUACAUCUACAGCACCCUCAUUGGCGCUGCCGUGAAGCAGCUGGAUUACAGUUACCUGACAGAGAUCCUGCGAGACAUGAGGAGUAACCAGGUGCCUCCCAAUGAAGUUAUCAUACGCCAGUUGGAGUUUGCAGCGCAGUACCCUCCCAAAUUUGACAGAUAUAAGUCAAAGAACCCAUACCUGGAGAAAAUUGAUGGUUUCCGUGGCUACUACUAUCGGUGGUUAAAAGUAAUGGCAGGAGAGGAGACCCCCCACCCCUGGGAAAAAUACAGAACAGUGAAACGUGCAGUAAAUGACAAUAAGGAUGAGGCUGUGCAGGAGCAGCCAGGGCAGAAGUAGCAAUGAGCAAGACACUGAAGUCCUGCAUCUUCCUGGUGCUGGAAGAACUUGGAACUUGCUCCCAUAAAACAUCUUGUAGUAAAGCUGCUUUUUGUUUCUAUGAACUGAAGUUCUUGUGGUAACUACACAUAAUAAAAUACUUGUCCUUUGUUUUGAGGAGAAGCAAA